AUGGUGUGGCCCUAUUUGACUCCCAAAGUGGUGACUCUACCGAAUGGACAGGAUGCUGAUGACUCCAAUACUGCUGAGAAGAUACUCGAGAUUAAAACUGCCCAUUCAGAAGGACAGCCCUAUAUUGUGUUGACAGAUCAAUCAAUUCAUCUUUAUGACGAGCCAUCAAAUGCAGCCAUUGCUUCCCAUAAGAGAUCCAGUACUUCAAUUGAUAAAUAUGGUGCCAAUGUUUCAUUCAAAAGAAACCAUGAUGAUAAUUUACUAGUGAUUCAAACUGAUAAGGAUUUUUUACUCAUAUAUGCCAUAUUGAAACCAAUGAAUACCAAUUCUGAUAGCGAAUUGUUGACAGUAUAUCAUCAAAAUAGUAACAAUCUUUUACAAAAUGGAUUGGUUGCUGAAAAACAAGCACAAUUCUUUCAAGCUGCUGAAGUGGAGAGACCCAUUUGGAAAUUUCAACUACGAUUUAGAUUAUUUUUAAAAAUUUCUCAUGGGAUUGUCGAUUUUGAACCAUUGAAUCAAUUCGAGUUGUUAUUGAUAACCAAUCAUGGGGUACAACUUUUGGAUCUAAGCGGAGAUGAUAACAGAACUGUUGAUUUGAAACUAGGUGAAGAUGUCAAAGUCACAAAAAUUAUACAUUCGCCUUGGAAUCCAGAUUUGUUUUAUUUCACAUUGAACAAUGGGAAAACAAUUUUUAUGACAAAAGAUAAAGAUACAUUCACUUCGAUUGUGGAUCCAGAAGUUUUUGAAAGUGUUGAUCUGGCGUCAAUAAAUGAUUCAUUCAAGUUAGUUGUGGGUUUGAUUAGUGAUAAAUUAGUUUAUUGUAACUACGAAAUCAAGCAAAUAAUUAAAGAGAAAGAUUUUGCAGAGUACGGUAAAGUAAGGAAGUUACAAUGGAGCAAAAGUGGAAAUGCUUUGUGUGUUUUGUUUGAAAAGGGAAACUGGCUCCUACUAUCAACUUUUGGUGGUGUAACUUUCAAUUCAAAAGAGCAUGACUAUCAUUCUGAUUGGCUCGAGAAUAUACAAGAUCUAGAUAUUACAGCAAAUGCUACCCAACUUUUCCUAACUACUGGUGAAGAGAUAUUCUCAAUCCAACUGAUAAAGUCUACAUAUCUAGAGAAUCAAAUCAAUCAUAGUAUUAGGAGACCUAUCUUGAUGAGUGGUCCAUUAUUACACAUUUACACUGGAUAUGAAAUGAACUCAUCCUCUUUAAGCAAACCAACAACCUGGAACACUAUUAAAAUACCAUUCGAGCAUUACUAUCAACUACCAAAUAUCACUAAUGUUAGCAUAUCACAAGAUGCAAAAUUCUUAGCAGUUUCAAAUAAGCGUGCAUUAUUAAUAUAUUAUUUUGUCGAUAAUGAAUGGAGUUUUUAUGUCAAUGAUUUCAAUGCAGAUCUAGAAAUUGGGCACAUCACUUGGUUUGAAGGGGUUAAUUUGUUACUGUUGACUAAUAAAUCAAAAUUUAAUUCAGAAUUGGUGAUUUUUGAUUUUAGAAGAUUUAGCUCAAAGGAUAAUUUCAAUUCUGAUGCUAUUAUAUUCAAAUAUGAUUUUGAUACUGAUAUCAAAUUAUUGAAUUCAUAUGGGAAAGAUAUUGUUGUAUAUACAACAAAUAACAAAUUUUACCAUUUCAAGAUUGAAACAGUCGGUGCAAGUUUUAAGAUUGAUCUGAUUAGAAUUUUGGCUUUGGAUAAGAUUUUCAAAGAAAAUGACAAUUUCAGAAGCAUUAUUAAAGUGAAAAGUGAUGAUGAUGAAAAUAAUGAUUUGUUGUUAUUAAACAACGGAGAAGUCAUUUUCUUGAAAUAUAAGGAUAAUAACUAUUUUGAAAAGUUUUUGCUUUUGGAUAAGAUUGAAUACAUUUACAAAAUCAAUGAUGAAGAGUACUAUCUUUACAAUGGUGAAUCAGUACUAUUGAUAAAAAACCUGGGUGAAUUAUUAAAGACCCGUGAUCCUUCGAAAUCAAUCUUGAAGAUCUCUGUUGAGAAAUAUCCAAUCUUGUUAAUCUUGGAAAAGGGUUUGUUGAUAAAAAUGGAAAAUUCAUUAGUACAAAAGAAAACAAUAGAAAUUAACAACUUUACUAGCAAAAAUUCCAUUUUCUUGCAUGAUUUGAUUAGAUUUGAAUUACAAACCAAUGAUGAAGCUACUGUUUUUGAGAAAUACAGCAGGUACAAGAACUUCCAGUAUAGUUUAGAAUUAUUGCUAUAUCAAACCAUUGUCAAUGAUCAAAAUUUGACCAAACUUUCGAAAUUGAUCAAGAUCAAUCCAAUUUUUGAAUUAAAUGUUGUUUCUAAAUGCUUGAGAAAGAUUGAAGUAAAAUAUUGGUCAAGAUUAUUUAAUCAAUUGAAAUUGACACCACAAGAUUUACUAGACUCGAGUAUUGAAAAGAAACAAUUCAAUAUCUUGGGUAAUUUGAUAAUAAUUUUUUUGAAUUAUGAAAAGGAAGAUGAAGAUGAUAUUCAAGAUGGUAAUGGAGAAAACACAAACUAUUAUAAAAUCACAGAUGAAACACAAAUCAUUAGUAUAUUUAAGCUUAUCUUUGAGAAUGCUAAAAAUGAUGAUGAGCUAUGGGAAACCGGAUUUGAAUUGAUUAGAUUUUUAAAACUUUUAGAUCCCAGCUUGAAAUUGUUACAAAAAGGUUUAGAUGAAGUAAAGAAAUCAACAUGA